CGCCUGCUCGAUGAUUCAGUCCCAUCUCUUUCCAUCCGCGUGCCACCCAUUCCCUCCACAUCCCAUCCAUCCCUCGCUUUCCAUGGCAGAUGCAGCGGCCCGCCUCCUUCCUUCCAUCCAGGCGCGGAGGAGCUCCAAGCAUGGGCUCGCGAAGUGGCGCCCGAGCACCCUGGCUCCCUCUCCCCCAUUCAUGCCCCGAGGGCAGCACCCGUCCUCCCCCUCCCGCACCCCCGUCGGCCUCCUGCGCAGUAACGGCGCAUGGCUGCUCUGGCAACACCACCGGCGGCAGUGGGAAUAGCACCGGAGGAGGAGCCGUGAAGCGAUCCGCCGGGCAUCUGUGCCCGAUGUGGGCGUGGGGCUGCAUCGAGCUCGUGGCCGCCGGCCUCCUCGGUGGCCCCCUCGCCAGUGGGGACCGCUCCAACACCGCCGUAGCCAUCAGGGUCUCGGCCGCCAGCGGGCUCGUAGUCAUCGUCUGCUCCCGCAGAAUGUGGACGCUGCCUGAGGCAAGCAAGAUUGCUAGACGAAAUGCAAAUGUAGAGGGAAGCAACAUGCCGGUUGCUGCAGAGUGCGGUUCUAAGAAGAGGUUUUGUACGUCGUGUUCGGUGGCCAAGUGCUUCUGCGAUCACUAUGUAAGAAAGCUUUAUAGGAGACGUGAGUUAACUCACAUAGGAGACGUGUUUUUUUACAUCUCUAAAUUUGCGUCUCCGAUGUGAAAUCAUAGGAGACACAGUUUUCCGUGCAUUUUUACAAACCCGCAUCUCCAAUGACCCUCACAUAGGAGAUGCGGAUUGUUAGCCCGCAUCUCCUAUGAAUUCACAUAGGAGACGCGGGUUGCCAACUGGCGUCACCAAUGAUGAAUUAAAAAAAGAAAAAAAGAAAAAAAAGGACAUAGUAUACCCUUAUAUACAUCACAUAUACACAUAUUUUAUCCAUUCUUUACAUCAAAUUCACAUUCUUUAUCCACUAUAUAGAAAUGCAGUCCUAAUCCAUUGAACUCAUACAAAUCCACUAUUAUCUUGUGCAUAAACGAAAACAAGACAACAUAUCACUCGAUGCUGAUUUCAGCUGAGA